UGUGUUUCUUCAUCAUUUCCAAGCCGUCUGUAUGUGUGUGUACAAAAAUGAGAACUCUUGAAAAACCUGAAUUUAUCUGAUUAUUAGAGUUUUAGUCAGCCAUGUCUGGAAGUGACCAGAAAAACUCAAGUGACAGCAAUAAUUGUCACAGCAGUGAGGAGAAGGAUCCUCUUGAUGAAGUCGUAGCCGCUAUGGCCGGACUUUCUGUAAGUGGAAGGAGGUGUCCACCUGUAGGUGGAACCAGCAAGAAGUAUCACAAAAAAUGCACAAAAGUCACUCUGUCCACACUCCCUUGGGCUGUCAGUGGGAAGUUCACUGAUGCCAAGGUGAAGACUCUAAAAAGACGAUGGGACAAUGUCUUCUCAGAGGAUAAAAUUCGAUCCACCUCUCCUUACAUAAAAAGGAGUAAGAUUAAAACAAAAGUGCUGGGGAAAACCAAAGGGGAAAGGACCAGAAUGUACUUUGUUUACAACCGAGAAGAGCCUGAGCCCAACAUCCCACAAGAGCAGGAAAAUAUUGAAUGUAAAAAGACAGAGACGACAAAGGAGGCAGAGAACAAAGAGAAGGCAAAGCCUAGACGGGGCGGAGUAAUACAUAGAAGUGAGAAUAAUUGCUGCCCUGUCUUGCCAUCAAGUGCCUCUGAGCCACAGAGCCUCAGGGACCUGCAGAUGGAGGACAUCAAAGCAGUGGGCCAGACCUUCUGCCCAGGAUCAUAUUCAUACUGGAUAUGGGGGCUCAUACCACCACUGCCAAUUAGCAUACUUUGGCCAAAAUUGACUGUGGCCAAAUAAAUGAAUAAUAAUUGAUAUUAAUUAUAUUAUUGCCACUGCUGUUUUCAGUGUCUUCAGUGUCAACAUGACGGUUUAUAGUUGCAUGUAUGAUGAAUUAAUGACACUUUGGGUGUAUAAACAGCCAAGAUGGCUAUUCUGGUGUUGUUGGAGGACUUUUUCUAUGUUCAUUCAUAGCUAAGGGACUGGAAAUCAGGAUUGUGGACAUGCAUAGCAUUUUAUAAUGAGAUUUUUAAAAGAUACACAGACCUUUAGUCCUGAACCUACGCAGAUUUUAUUCAUCUGGUCCCGAAAUUGCAUUUUAUGAAUUUCUUUAAAGAGGCUAUAAUCAAUAUUUUUCAUAACAAUAAUGUAUCAAAUAACAAGAGAAGUGUCACUCGUAGAUAUGAGCCUAGAAUAUUAUCACCCG